AUGCCUGAUCAUAAAGAAAAGGACAUCGACAAACUCACGAACAUCGUGCCCAAGCUCAAAGGAAAACAAAACUUUCCUCGCUGGCGCGAGUUUCUUGAACUCGCUUGCAGGCAUUACGACAAACACCUCUGGCAAAUUGUCACUGGACAAAAUCUUUGCCCUGAGGGCCCAGUCGAUUACGCCGACAACGAAAUCCGCGGAACUGGCGAUCCCUCACUCCUCAAAGCGGCCUGUGGAAAGUUUAGAUCUAGAUGA